AACCAUGGAUACCGGACACUUGAUCAGUUUGAGUCAUACAUACGAAGAAACGCCUGAAUUCGAACAAGGCCCAACCCUUGUCAGAUUUGCCAGAAAUUCAGUGAAAUGGAAAUAUAAUUUGCAAAGAUAAUCAUAGCAAUCGAUAUUAUUUGUUUGACGUCGUCAUCAGAUUUUCAGAAUACACUCCGUCCUUUAGUUACUCUCAAGGGUUCUAUUUGUGGUGAAUUCGAAUCGCAGAAAUCGACCUUAUGUUUGGCUUAGCCGCUUUUCGCAUAUUUUAUAUUUGGAACUCUUUUUGGAGAGGCUGUACAUACCUGCGAAUCCAAUUUGAUCGGAGUAUCAAAAAUACAAAAGCAGAGCAAAUGGUCAGCAUAUUGGCCCUUUGUCUAGCUCUCUUGUUCCACACUGGAUUCAAAAUACUGGUUUUCAUGGAUCCAGCUGCUAAAGAAUCAUGUGGCUGUUCGUUGAACUUAAAUCUCAGGAGUAUCCUAUUCCUCAGUUCGGUUUUCAUGUAUUUAAGCACGACCAAGAUUUUCCCCCGCCGUUAUCGUAAAGUACCACUGGUGGCUCAAGGAGUGGUUGAAUUUUUCAUAUUUUUGAUAGCCAUCGAAGUAGCAAUGAUAGCCAUCUGGUGUCGACUUGAAGUUCUAUUAUUUAAAAUAUUCGAUUGUAUGGCAGGAUCCACCGAGUCUUUCCUGUACAACCGCAUAGCUGGUAAUAAUUUGGCGGAGUUUUUGGUUACACUAUGCAGCAUGGUGACGUUUACUUUAACGGCCAUCGGAACUGGAUACGCAGAGACGACCUCAGGCUUAUGUUAUGCAAUGUUUGAUAAACUUGAUAUGAUGUUGAAAAGACUACAAAAACCGACAACAGCUACGCUGCCUCUAAAUUCAGAACCGAAUGAAAUUGUGCGUGUUACCAGACAAUCGCGAUCGCGAAGUCGAAGAAGGAGAAGUAAUACCCCCGCUAACUUCUAUGAACCAUGGCAAACCACAAGUGUCCGUAUGAACGAACGCUGCAUUUGCACUUCGAGCGAGCGCUUUACAUACGCUUUACAGAACAAAUGUGUGGAAAAAAUAGUUGCCCUCCGAAAGACGCUGGAAUACACGAGAUACGCGAAUCAAAUGCAGCGUUCUAUCUAG